UGUUGUAAAAGUUUGGAUUGUUUUGCUAACAUGCUUAACCACGCGCGCUGUUUAUUUGGAGCCAACACUUGAUCUUUCGACCACUUCAUUCACAAAUGUAUUUCGAAGGUUUAUUAGCCGGUGUGGAUGCCCUAAGCGAAUGAUGAGCGAUAAUGGAGGACAGUUUGUGCUAGCAAAUAAAACCAUGAAUGAGCUAAAAAAAGACUUAAUUGCUGAAGAAUUGGCCCUAAAGAGAAUUGAGUGGAAAUUCUUACCCUCUUUGAGUCCGUGGGCUGGAGGCUUAUAUGAAAGGCUAGUGGGCAUGGCAAAAACGUGUUUUAAGAGAGCUCUCGGCAGAAAGAUUCUUGAAUAUGACCAACUGGUAACCUUUACCGCUGAAGUAGAAGCGAGCCUUAACCAACGACCGAUUUCACACGUUUCGGGAGAAAGUGAUGCGCCGCUGCCUUUAAGACCUAUUGACUUUCUAAUACCACAUGGAACUAUUUCUUUGAAUUUUGACUCCGCUGAGGAAUGGGUGGACGAAAGACGCUUACCGCCAGAAAAAAAGCUUGCUCUAAUUUGGAAAAAUACCCUGACUGUACUGGACACCUUUUGGGAGAAAUGGUCAUCGGAAUAUUUGAUCCUUUUGCGGGAACGGUCAAAAUGGAAUCACAAGGGACCCAGGCUACAAACCAUGUCUUCACCCACCGUUGGUGAAGUUGUUCUAGUGGAGGAAGAUUUUCGACCACGAAACCUUUGGCCUCUGGGGAAAGUGAUGGAACUCAAUGCUAGUGGAUCCGUGGUGAGAAGUGUCAAAAUAAAAAUGGCCAACGGAAGAAUUGUUACCCGGCCUGUGAGCAGACUUUACCCCCUCGAGGUGAAGCCAGUGGAGGAGGAAACAAAUGAAAAAGAAAUAGAAAGUAAGAAAAAAAUAAAUGAAAAUUUGGCCUGUGAAUUGGAGAGCAAAAAAGAUGAGAAUCCCCCACAAAAUAAGCCAACAGUGGAAAAACAAGCUGUAAAACCGCAUCCUAUGGUUACGAGGGCUAAAGCUAAAUUGGCAACAAUUACUUUGGUUGCGCUCUGUUUUCUCUGUUUGUUAAAUAACGCGACGGCAUUAGCAAUUAAAUCAUGUUCUAUCUGUCUAAUUCAUUGCACACUCACUGGAGUAAUGGUCUUUGGCCCAAUUGGAAACCAAAAAAUGGAAAUAUGUUGUGAUGACAUGUGUGUUAUUAGAAACAAUGUGCAGAAGUUGUCAUAUGAAUUACCUACUGAAAUGCUUUUGACGGACUAUCAUUGCGUAGCAAAUUUCUGGAAAAGCUCGCGAGAAAUGUUCUCUACAGAGAUGACAUGUCCAGCUUUAAAUGAAUGCUUAUUAAUGGAUUGUACGUUUUGCAUCGACCUACUAGUGAACCCCUCAUGCAACCCCAGUAUGGCUAGUGUGCUUUGGGCAGUUAUUACUCUAACCAUACUUAUUGGAGUUUGUACUUUGCUCACAUUUUGUCGGUCUUGCCAUCAGAACUUUCGAAUGAUAGUGGCUAUUGGAAGAAUGGGAUGUCAGUGUUGGAGGUGGAUGAAGAGGAAAACUGCCUAUACCAGAGCACGCGCCAGGGAAACAAUAAGAAAUAAAAAAGAGAGCCUGAGAAUUAGAGGAAGGCAAUGGAGGAGAGAAGGAUUCGCUAAAGUAACAAGACUGGUGACAAUUAUGAUACUGAUAGGCGCAGUCCCAGGAGGAAAUGCUUCACAAACUAUUUCGAUCAUGUCCAAAUCCGAAACGUGCCAUAGAGGACAAACUGGAAUUCAUUGUAUGAACAUGGAAUAG